AGCGCGCAACGGUUCGACUUUUGUUACGUUGAUUCAAAACGUUACACCAAAAUUAACCUCUGACUGUCACAAAACACUUCCAAGUGUCUCCUCGGCCCUCGAGAAUUAAGGCUACGGAAACUGCAAUGCUUUGAGACGCGAUUGAAGCUUGAGCGCGAGACAGAACAUGGUCUGUGUAACUACGCUACUGCCUUUUUGCGUUGUGGUCGUCUUAAUGGCGCAGACUAUCGCGAAUGGUGAUACCGAAUUCAGCGUAGAACUUGAUCGCCUCAUCCGCGAUGCCAAAGAGGAAAGCAACAGUUUAGCCGCCGAGAUCAAUAGCUGGACUGUGGAGCAGACUGACCGGUUAUUAUCACGUGAUAUCACAGAAGCCGCGACAGGCCGUAGGCCGAGACGUUCAGUGGAGGACACACUAGAAUCGGUGAAGAGAAGCGCUAAGAAAACGAGUAGGAAGGCUAACAAAGGGAAGACCUUGGAGAGUAAGGACGGUGAUAAAACAGUCAGUGACGCUAUGCUGGAUUUAAUGAAGGGUCCCAUGCGGACGGAGCACGCGCAGGAGGUCACAGCCGAGAACAAGAAGCCCACAAAAGACGAGAAGACGCGCAAGGUACUCAAAAGCAAACUUGAUAAGGUUGAGAAGAAGAAGUCGAAGCUAGGCAAGAGCAAGGAAGCAAAAAAUUCGAAGAAAUCUGUUGUGGGGAAGAAAAAACAUGAGAAGAAGGCGGAAUCGAAAAAAGCUGACAAAAAAGUCAGCAAAAAGGUUGUACUUAUGAAAGGAGUGCAAACUGUUACUAUUGAUCAUAAGACUAUGAAGAUAAUAAAAAAGAUCCCGAAAUCUUUGCUUCAUAAGCUGCUUAAGAAGAGCAAACUUGACAAAUACCUUAAGCUUGCGUCGUUCCUCUCAAUCGAAGGCAACGUAAAGAAAAUGAAGAAAGGUAGCAAGCAGGCUAAGGACUCCGCGAAGAGAAAGACGACAGUUGUCACUAGUGCUGGUGUAAUAAAGAAACCAAUUAAGUUGGCCAAAGUCAUGAAGAUGAUAAGAGCACACAAACUCACUCCUGCAAAACCCGUCAACAAAAAGAAAAAUGACAAGAAAGAACAGACACAGCAGAAAGAAAAAAAGAAUAAAAUUAAUAAUGACGUGAAGUCUAAGAGCAAAAGUAAAAUUGUUAAGAUAUUGAAAUCGUCUAAAAAGCUGAAAAAGGAUGGCAGAAAAGCUAAAAAUCUGAAAGACAGUAAAGUUAACAUCGAAAAGGCGAAAAACAGCACAGAAGACAAGGGCUCAAUAGCGGAGAUUGCUCACUUGAAGGAGCAAGUGAAGAGAGCCAACUCCCUGAAGUUCAAAGUCGCCAAAGCGCUGCUUGCUCACUGCGAGACGCAGAACAAGCUAAAGAAAGUGUUUGAAAAGGUGAACGCAUCGCUGAUGAACGCAGCCAAGCUGGCGAAGGUGAUUGGUAACAAGUACGGCAUAAAACAGAAAGAUGUUGAGAAGAUUACCACACUGCAUACACAGAGUGCUGUGGAGGAAUUCCUUCAGAAGAUUUUCUGAGAACUGGAAUAGCCCGUCUGACAUUCUCGAGCCCAGUCUUCUCUUUUACAGGUCAGAGAAAGUCGGGAGAGGCUUGGCCAUAGAGGAGGGCGUGAAAACUCACCGGACGGAUUUGCCAUCUUGAAGAAAAGACGGUUAUUUUAUAGAAAAAACGGGGGUAAUAAUAUGAAGCAAUAAUAUACGAUUGACAAUGGUUUGGGGAUCUUUAAUCAAAGAAAAUUCGAUUUUACCUUAAUAGUAUGUCGACGUACUUUAGAAGCAGAGUAUUGACAAGACUUUUUAAAUUCCUAUUUAUUAAGUUUUUUAAUAUGAUUUUUUUGUGGUGUUUGGGUCAAAACGAAGAAAAAUAACGUGUAAAUAUAAACAUUUCUCUGGUAUAAAUAAAGGUCGUGAUGCAGA